AUGACAGCAAAAGAACGAAAUAUUCCUACAACAUUUAAAGAAUUAUUAAUAUCCGAAGCAAUAAAUGUUGACAAAUUAAAGCAAGACGUUCUAAAAAUUUCUAUCGUUGCUGAACUAAAACCAUUCUAUUGGAAGAUUUUGUUAGGUAUCAAAUCACCUUUUAGUGCAACACGUGACUAUGUUGAUCAAGCGAAUUGUGACAUGUACAAAUAUCUUCAUUCAACAUUAAUAACUUGCAAAUUAAUUCAAACUGAUACUCCCAUUUCUCAACAAUUUCUUUCAAUGUAUUUACUUGAUUUGCAUCCAAAUAGAUUACCUGUUUUGUCAAUAAAAGAAUAUGAGUCAUUUUUAUUAAUUGCAAAUUUCGUUUGUGCAUUUCUCGAUAAUGACAAUAAACAACGCAUAGAAGCAACCGCUGAAUGUUGGUUUAUAACUUGUAGAAUAUAUGAUAAAUUUGUUCAAUUAAGUCGCCGUAUUGCUUUACUACGAUAUCAUGUCAGUAGAAUUGCCCAAAAAGAAUUUAUUCAUGAACCGAAACUAUUGGUUCAUUUAAAUACUCAAAAUAUAUUUAUAUGUAUACCAGAGAAAUGGCUCAAAGAUGGUUUUCAAUUAUUAACCGAUGACAUAUCUCUACUAGAUAUUUGGGAGAAAUUUCUUGCCGGUAGUGAAUAUAUUUUUGUAUUUCUAACCAUUCAUAUUCUUCAUCAUUGCCGUCUCAAACUACUAAGUUUAUACACAACAAAAGAAAUCAUGCAAUAUCUCCUUGACCUUAAAAUUAAUGAUCAAAUCGAUUGUGAACAUAUAGUCAUGUCAUCAAUUGUAUCAUGGAAGAAACAAGGUGGCUCAUUACUCACUUUUCCUACUAUUCAUAAUUAA